AUGUCCGCCGCAGCCAGGCCCACCAUCAACGUCUACAGCCAGACCGGCGAGGUUUCCGGUAACGUCAACCUCCCGGGUGUGUUCCGUGCCCCCAUCCGUCCCGACAUCGUUCGUGCCGUCCACACUUCCAUCGCUAAGAACAAGCGUCAGCCUUACGCCGUCUCCGUCAAGGCCGGUCACCAGACCUCCGCCGAGUCCUGGGGUACCGGUCGUGCCGUCGCUCGUAUCCCCCGUGUUUCCGGUGGUGGUACGCACCGUGCCGGUCAGGCCGCUUUCGGUAACAUGUGCCGUGGUGGACGUAUGUUCGCUCCUACCAAGGUUUGGCGCAAGUGGCACGUCAAGGUCAACCAGAACGAGCGUCGUUUCGCUGUCGUCUCUGCUGUUGCUGCCUCUGCUGUUCCUUCUUUGGUCCUCGCCCGCGGUCACCGCAUCGAGGAGAUCCAGGAGGUUCCCCUCGUCAUUGCUGACGCUGCUCAGUCUUUGACCAAGACCAAGGAGGCUGUUGCUCUCCUCCGUGAGCUCAAGGCUUACCGCGAUGUCAUCAAGGUUUCCAACUCCCGCAAGGUCCGUGCUGGUAAGGGUAAGCUCAGGAACCGUCGCCACCGUCAGCGUCGUGGUCCUCUCGUUGUCUACUCUGAGGACAACGGUCUCGUUAAGGCUUUCCGCAACAUCCCCGGUGUUGAGCUCGCCAACGUCCGCACCUUGAACCUCCUCCAGCUCGCCCCCGGAGGUCACCUCGGUCGCUUCAUCAUCUGGACCCAGUCCGCUUUCGAGCUCUUGGACUCCAUCUACGGUACCUACCAGAAGGGAUCCGCCUUGAAGAAGGACUACUUCCUCCCCUCCCACCAGAUCUCCAACCCUGACAUCACCCGUCUCAUCAACUCCGACGAGAUCCAGUCUGUCUUGAAGCCUGCUGGUCCCAAGCACCAGAAGCGCACCCACGUUCAGAAGAAGAACCCUCUUAAGAACCGCGCUGUCAUGCUCCGUCUCAACCCUUACGUUACUGCUAAGCAGGCUAACCAGAAGGAGGAGCACGGCCAGAAGUCUGCCGGUGAGGCUUUCUUGAAGCAGCUCCACCAGCUCUAA